AUGGGGAAUGCCAAGUUUGCUAUCGAGAAGUUUGAUGGGAAAAACGAUUUUAGUUUGUGGAGGGUAAAGAUGCGAGCUCUCUUGGUUCAGCAAGGAAUUCAGGAUGCCAUUCUUGGUGAUGAAGAUCAAAGGCAAGAUAAGGUCCUGAGGGAGGUUUCAAAGGAAACCAUAGUAGCUGGUCUAUGGAAGAAAUUGGAGUCUUUGUACAUGACAAAAUCUCUAAAAAAUUGUUUGUUCCUGAAGCUGAAACUUUACUCAUUCAAAAUGCAACUAGGGAAAAGUAUUGAAGAUCAUAUGGAUAAUUUCAACAAGAUAAGUCUUUAUCUUGAAAACUGUGAUAUCAAGAUUGAAAGUGAGUACCAAGCCAUUAUAGUCUUGAAUUCUCUACCUACAGACAGGUAUGAACACUUUGUUGAUCCAGUGAUGUUUGGAAGGGAUUCACUAACAUUGGAAGAAGUACACAAUGCUUUAAUGUCGAAAGAAUUGAAAAGAAAGUCUGAGAAAGAAGAUAAUUCAGGGGAGGGUUUGUUAAUUGCUCGUGGAAGAAUUGAAGGCAGAUACAAUAGGAAUCAACAUCAAGCUCAUUCCACAAAAGGAAAGCCAAACUCCAAUGAUGAUGGUUAUGAAAGUGCAGGAGUUUUAGUGGCUUCUAUAGGAUACUCUGGUCUUUACUGGGUCAUUGAUUCAGGGUGCUCUUUUCAUGUUGAAGGUGGAGUUCUUAAGGUUACCCAAGGAGCAAAGGUAAUCACGAAGGGGUCUGUGAUCAAUGGUGUGUAUGUUCUACAAGGGAGUACAGCCAAAAAUCUUAUAUAUGUUGCUUCCAAAGAAAUGGUAAACUCAUUUGUGCUAUGGCAUAAAAGGUUAGGCCGUGUUAGUCUAAAAGGUCUGGAGAUUUUAAUCAAGAAGGGAUUGCUAGGGAAGAAAGUUGUAAAAGACCUACACUUCUAUGAACAUCGUGUCCUAGGCAAGUCUACAAAACUGAAAUUUGGAACUGGUUUGCAUUGCUCCAAGGAUACAUUGGACUAUGUUCAUUUAGAUCUUUGGGGGCCCUUUAGAGUCACUUCCACAGGAGGAGCAAGAUGUCCCUCAUCUGCAAUUGUUUUUAAGACACCAGUUGAGGCAAGAACUGGUCACCCUGUAGACUAUGAAAAGCUGAGAACUUUUGGAUGCAUUGCCUAUGCUCACAUCAAGCAAGAUAAACUGGAACCAAGAGCCAGAAAGUGUCUUUCUUGGAUAUCCUGUGAAGGGCUAUAA